AUGCUUAAAGAAUCCAAAAUUGGCAGACGCUGGACCGACCUCCUGAGCCACCAGCUGGAUGAGAUCUUAAUAAGCAAUAAUCGCCUUGGCAGGGCCAGCUUCAAGAUCCUUGGCAAAUGGGAGGAACAGCGUGAUGAGCUCAACUCGCUUCAGGAGCACGUAAAAGACCUUCACAGCGACAUGGGUGCGCUGAAAGAACGGCUCAGCCAGAGCAACACUGAAAGGGACAACGCUACAGCGGAAUUAGCUGCCCUCCGUACGUCCGUUAGUUCUGUUCCGAAUCCGUUGGCCACGCCGCACGGGCUUAUCCUCCCACCGGUAGACUUUAUCGAUUUGGACGAUGACUGCAUAAUGGUCGUGAGCCCGUCUGAGAACACCUAUGCUGCCGCCACAGCAAAAACAAAGAAAAAGAGGGAGGACUUCCCUAGGCUGAAGACGCCAAAAGCCCAAGAGCCCGCAAAAAGAGCCCGUAAAAAUGACACCCCUGUUAACAGGAAACCCGAAACCAAAAAGCUCGCUGGUAAACAGAAGGCAGAGGCAAAGAUGCAGGCCAGGGCCAGAUCCGCUAGGGCAGGCCCAAGAUUCGAAGUGAUUACCGGUGACGAAGGCUGGAAGGACCUAAGGACAUCAAUCGAACAAAAGAUCCCCAACCCCAAAGUCAGGACGGUUAAAUCCAAAAAUGGUGGAAUAAUCUUAUUCCCUGAGGACGCCGAGACGGCAGCUGCUCUGCGCAGGACCUCAAACUUAAUUGAGAGAGCUCCCCGUAAGCCCAGAGUAAUAAUUAAGUUUGUCGACAGAUAUCUGGAGCGAGAGACGAUACCGUGGGCUCUUAGCCAGAACAAUGAUCUCGGAAUUGGAGAAUCCGAACUGCCACACAUUAAGCCGCUAUUCAUGCUUGGUCCACGUGAAGGGCACGUUGUCCACUGGGUGGUCGAGGUCGCCCCGGAAACUCUGUCAAAAAUCGAGCAUAAGUCGGCCUUCUUGGGCAUGACGAAGUGCAGAAUGAAGUUCUACGACUCUGUCACCCAGUGUUACAACUGCCAAGGUUUCGGUCACACAGCGGCUAAAUGUAACACAACUCAGCCCAUAUGUAAACACUGCUCGGAGAAGCACGACUCCAGAACGUGCAAAUCGCUGGCAAAGAGAUGCCCCAACUGCCGAAGCACCACGCAUAAUGCGUCUUCCGCUAAGUGCCCGGCGAGAACGACGGCGACAAGGCUCCUUAUCCGUCGCACUGACUUCGGUACCCAAGCACUUGCUUCAGACUCCCCAUGA